AUGGUAGGAAAGUACUUUUUGUAGUUACUUUGCAUUCAGCUUCAAAGCGGUUCUUCAACUUCAUUGAUGUCCUCAAACUUCUCUCCACUUCUAAUGUCUUUCGCCUCAUAAAAACCGACGAAUUCGAUUGCCCAUUCGACAUGAGAUCCUCCAAAGGUGGUGGUCGAGUUGAAUCCUCCAGCCACAUCCACACUCUUCAUCGCCGUCUUCACGACGCUCUCAAUCUCGGUACAAGGUUUAAUGAGCAAAACACGAGGAAAUGGAUGUGCUCGGAUAAUGAGGUACAGAGACAUGUUGUUCGCUCCAUUGCGGCAUUUAUUGAAUCUGUUCCCAGGGAGGUGUGCUAUCAUCAUCUCGUGAAGGAUUCUUUACCUGAUAUUGUUUAUUCUUUGGUGUGGAUUCUUGAAGAUAAGAAUGGGGCAGCUUCAAGUAUAGCAGCUGAUGUUGCUAUAAAGCUGGUCAGUGCUAUACCAAAUGCACUGUUAAAACCUUUCAUUUUGGAUCUUUCUCAUGCUCUUUCAUGUUUGCUACCUGCUCAUCAAAUACAAAUAUCUGUAGCAUGUGCUACAGCACUGAAUUUGAUUAUUUCGAAUGUACCAAGUAAAAAUGAGGAAGCACUUUGGGAGAUCCUAAAAAAGUCAGAAGUUGUUCCUCAUUUGAUUGGCAUCAUUAGAAACUUUUCUGGAGCUGUGAACCCAGUUGAAUGUGUUCAACCUCUUUUUUCUCUUUUAAGUACAAUACUCUGUCGGUGGCCUCUCUCUAGGUUUCCAGUUUGGAGUGAUGCUAAAUUGAUGGAAGCUUUGUAUGAUAUAUAUGUCAAGCCAGACUUUUCAGUUAGAGCUGAAGUUUUGAAGUUGUAUUCUGCAAUAGCUUUAUGUGGUAUUGGGGCAAAGAAGCUUUUAGAGCGUGGAGAAGGAAUUCUGCAGGAAAUGGUGGAGUGCAUGGGCCACUCACGCCCUCAUCAUGUUAGGAUUGAAGCAUUUAGACUUGCACAAUGUAUAGUGAUAAAUGAGGAGAUCGGUUUGAAAGGGAUGAGUUCGUGUUGUGAACCAGUUGUCAAGGCCAUAAUAAAUGCAAUGGUUGAAUGUAAUUUGCCGCCUGAAAUGGUUACCAAUCAGCAGAUAUGCUUGCUCGAGGAGGCCUGUCGCUUGGUGGCCUUAAUCACUCGUUGGGCUGGCCAGCAUCAAAACUAUUUUUGGAAACAUGGAAUUGACAGGGCUCUUCUUUGUCUUCUACUUGGAAAGUGUCCCAAACAGUUAUAUGAAUGCAUUUUGUUGUUGGAAGACCAGAUACACAUUGUUCAAGAUGGUCUUAAAUCAAAUUGUUUUCCUGGAUUGAGGGUACAUAUCUGGGAAAUUCUUGGUUGGCUUGCAACAAACUUUAAUGAAGAUGUCUACCUGAACAAAAGUUCAAAUGGACUCCUAAUUGACGUACUCCUAUUGUGUGCCUGUUUGGAAUUCACUGAAUUAUUUAUGGGUUGGCGUCAAAUAUGUCAAAGCGAUGUUGUCAAUGCCUCCAAAAAUGAAUCAACAUUGAGAGCAAUUAUGAUGAUGAUUUAUUCUCCUUCCAAUUAUAUUGCAUCGAAGACUACGUCUAUGUUAACAAAGAUGCUAGAGCCAAAUAAAUCAUAUUUGAGGGACUUCCGGCAUACCCUAACAGGCAUUUCAUGUGGGAUAAUUUCUGGAAUGCCAAAUAUUCUUAUAGUCACGAACUUAUUGUGUUUAAUAUGUUGUGUAGGGCUGCCACAGUAUACAAUGUGGGACAAGAAUGCAGAAGGAAGGAAGGCAAUAGUCUCCUUUGUUAAAUGGUGCUUGAGUAAUGAAGUCCAUUUAGAUAGGUUGAGCUAUUCUCCUCAUUUGCAUUUUAACUUUCAUGAGAGAGCUUGUUGUCAGGGGCCUAGCAAAGAAUGGGAGGGAAGAAAUGUCCUGCUUUUAUAUAGUUUUGUGGGCCUGGCUCAGUUAAUACAAUUGGGUUCCUUGACAAACGAAAGAGACACAUCUUUUUUAUCAAUUGGAUUUACUGAAGAUGGGUUAAUAAGUCAGCUUCAGGAUAUCUGCAGUGGUUGUUACUCUCCUGGACUGAAGUGGUAUGCUGCACAUAUCCUUAGUUUAAUGGGAUUCUAUGGAUUUCCUAGUAAAUUUGGGAACAAGAUUGCAAGAGCACUUGAAGGGUGUGCGUAUUCAGACAUUCGUUUCAUUCACACAAAUGGGAAGUCUAUAAAUGUCCAUGGUGUGAUUCUUGCAGCUCGGUGUGCAUCACUGCUGCCUCCUAACCGGCUACCUGUUAAUGAGAAAGAUCCUAAUUAUUCGUCCUUCACAGACAAAAACUCAUCUGUAAAGAUACAGAAAGAGGUCUGUCUAUCUUCGCAUGUUGACAAUGAUGCAAUGGCGAAGUUACUGGAGUAUGUUUACAGAGGAUACCUACAAGCAGGGGAGGAACUUGCAAAAAAGUUGAGAAGUCUUGCCAAACAUUGUAGAAUACAGACUCUGGUGCAUAUACUUUGUAGAAGAAGGCCGAAGUGGGGGACACCUUUUCCCAUCUUUAAUCUUGUUGCGGCUCUUGGUCCAGUCGGACAUCAUUUCUCGGACAUCAUCUUGGAGGCAAAAUCAACUAAGCAGACAAGUUGGAAAUGUGAUUUUUGUGCUUUAUAUGUGCCGCAUAUGCAUGUUCAUAAAGUAAUCUUGUGGUUAAGUUGUGACUAUCUUAGAGCCUUGUUACAAUCAGGAAUGAAAGAAAGCCACUCGGAAGUAAUUAAGGUUCCUGUAAGUUGGGAAGCAAUGGUUAAACUGGUGGAGUGGUUUUACUCAGAUAAGCUGCCAGAUCCUCCAUCUGAGUGUCUAUGGCAUAAUAUGGAUGACCAAGAAAAGUUGAAUGAAGUCCAAUCGUAUGUAGAGCUUUGUUGGCUUGCCGAGUUCUGGUUUCUGGAAGAUCUUCAGGAAGUGUGCUUGAAUCUAAUUGUAUCUUGUCUCGAAAUAGCCCGUCAUUUGUCGGUCAAUGUACUUCAAAUGGCUGGAGAUUUCUCGCUAUGGAAGUUGGCUGAAAUUGCAGCAGAUAUUAUUGCUCCAUUAUAUUCUCAACUCCGUAAUUGUGGUGAUCUUGAAGCACUUGAUGAAAGGCUCCUGAGCAUGAUACGUGCCGCAUCUGUUCGACUUUCUCAAGAGGGUAAUUAAUGCUCUGGGUAGAAGAGACACCACUAAGACUCUGUCGCAUAUGGUUUCCUGGAUGGAAAAGUCCUCAUAAAUCUCAUGCCCAACAUUUUAAGUGGAGCUCGUCAUUGAUGAUAAUUAUAUGAAUCAUGUCGAGGUUCAGACUUCACUAUUAAAAUGUAUGUAUUUUUCACUAUACAGAGUGGCGGUAGUCUUGGUGGUCUUCAAGUCACAAAAUUCUUAUUCAUUAUUCUGUAGAAUUGGAAAUCCCUUUUGUAGCAUCCACAAAAGGGGUUCUCUCUACUCGGCACUCAGGAAAUCGUACAUGACGACAUCGGGCAUCCAUAAAGAACCUGCUGAUUGCAUAUCUCUGAUAAAUAGAUAACUCAUGGAAAUUGAGGUCUGAUCUCAUGGAAAGCAUGUACAUACUCUGCGUUGAAUAUAAUUAUCCCAGAGUGUGGAAAGAUCUCCUGUAGUUAGGUUGCCAAAUAAUACGAUCAAUGAAGAUAAUACAAGUAUGGCCUUCUCCUGUGUAUUAAAAUAUUAGGUACUGUAGCAUUGUGAAAAAUAGUUCCUACGGUCUAAUUUCAAUAUAUGGUACAUUGUUACCGUUGUCAAUCAAUGGGGGGAACAUGAGCUUGAAAACAUCGUCUCAGAUCAACCAGUUUUCGUAUAUCUGCAGUCAUUCAAUGAGUAUAUUGGCCAUUGUGCGGACGAGAAUUUUACUGUGCUGGGGAUACCACGGUUGCGAAGCAAUAUCAUUUGGCUUUUAUUACAUUCUCUUGGACGUGUGCUGCACUACGUGAAAUGACUUGUGAGUCUCCUUCAUAGCCCAUCGUGACUUUUCUUUUUAUUGCAUAUUGCCUUUAACUCUGGCAAUAGUGUUAGAUAAUUAGGGACAAAACCUUAUAUUUUUUAAUGUGAACUACUAGAAUAAAAUCUAAAACGACCACCUUCGGUGGAGAGUAGAUUUGAAAAUCAAUGUAAAAGUAUCUAUAAUGUUUUAUGCAAAAAUUUUGCUCCUCUUCCUUCUA